GUAAGCAGUGCAGGCGGAAAUGGGAGACAGGAGUUGGAGUUGGGCUUUGAUUGGAGCUUAAGGAUAUCGUUUUGUGAUAUUUUUAAUUAUUUAUAUAGUGCAGACAAGAUUUAUUUUAUAUUCUGUUCGUUAAAUAGUUUAUAUAAGUCAGGAAAUAAUAUUCAAUGGGAGAAAAAGGCGACCGGCAGUUUAAAUUGCUUCCCAAAAUCAUUAAUGGUGGCAUCGCGGGGAUCAUCGGGGUGUCUUGUGUGUUCCCUCUGGAUCUGGUGAAGACACGAUUGCAGAAUCAGCAGAUUGGACCAAAUGGCGAGCGCCAGUACCGUUCAAUGUUGGACUGCUUCCGGAAAACUUACAGAGCUGAAGGAUACUUUGGAAUGUAUCGAGGUUCCGCUGUCAACAUUGUACUCAUUACCCCGGAGAAAGCCAUCAAACUUGCUGCCAAUGACUUCUUCAGACAUCACCUCAGCACACCUGGCGGGGGACUGCCUCUAGGACGGGAGAUGGCUGCUGGUGGGUUGGCCGGCCUGUGUCAAAUAAUCAUUACCACACCCAUGGAACUCCUGAAAAUUCAGUUGCAGGAUGCAGGGCGUGUAGUCUCUAAGCAGGGAGGCACUGUCGUGCCACGGCAGACAGCACUGGGAAUCACAGUGGAAUUGCUACGCACAAAAGGUGUCUUGGGGCUUUACAAGGGCGUUGGUGCCACAGCAUUCCGUGAUGUCAGCUUCUCAAUAGUGUACUUUCCUCUGUUCGCCCACCUCAAUGCUCUUGGUCCAAGAAAGAAGGAUGGAUCAGGGGAAGCUGUGUUUUGGUGUUCCCUGUUGGCUGGCAUUGGUGCAGGUGCCACUUCAGCAUUUGUAGUGAACCCAUUCGACGUAGUAAAAACGAGACUACAGCUGCUGAAGCGGGCGGAGGGCGAGGUUGCAUAUAAGGGUAUUACUGAUGCUUUCAUUUCUCUUCUCAAAAAUGAGGGCCCGACAGUGUUCUUUCGAGGAGCUGCCUGCCGCAUGAUUGUGAUCGCUCCUCUCUUUGGCAUUGCCCAGAUGGUGUACUUCCUUGGUGUAGCUGAGAAACUUAUGGGUAUGAACAGAUCCUAAAACUAUUCCAUUUUAUCUGACUCUCUGAGCAGCAACGAAGACAAUAAUCCUUCCUUUCCUAUACAUUGCUAGGCAUGUUGAAGUAGUAAUCGUAACUGAAAUGUCAAUAUAACUGUUACUAUUUUAAGAAUUCACAAUGGUUUAUUGUUGAUGUUGAUUCUGAUCUUGGGUGUUUCCACUGUGUGGAUGUGGGCAAUGUUGCCAAGAUUUUGGCAAUACUGUAUGAAGGGAUUUGUCUUCCCCCAAAUCCCCACCCAUCUCCCUCCUGUGAGACACCAUUCCCUGCACUUCUAAAAUUCCCUUUUCCAUUGCAACCACCUUCAACCUCUGGGGUUUUCACUGCCAUUUCCACAGCAUUCAUCCAGCAGCAGAGAUGGUUGAGAAGUCCAGGAACAUCAGUUGCCAUUGAUUUCUUGGUGUACUUCGUGUCCCUUAGAAGGACCAUGUUUGAUAAUACUUCUCUGUCCACUCUCUAUAUUGGCCUAGACUGGGCACCACUCCCUGCUCUUCCCCACGGAUCUGUUGGACUAAAAUCUACAUAUAAAUGAACACUCACCUAUACUGCUCACUUUGAUCUUGAAGAUGGAGGCAGCUUGUACCUAUGAAAAAUAAACAUCAUCCACAUGCUGGAAAGACCCACGAAUAUAAUUGACAUGAAUGUAAAUGUUAUUUUUAGCUAGCAUUAUAAGAUGCUUUGUAAUUUGUGUUCGGUUCAAACAUAUGACAAUAUAAUGUGCAGAAGAGUAUCUGUUUGAAUAGAACACCCUGUCGCAUAGGAAUGAAUUAGUGAUGUUAGAUCAAAUGUAUGGUCUCUUUUAAAAAUAAGGGAGACUUUUGGGGAUGUUUGUUUUGAAAUGAGAUUCUCACAGUAGUGAGUAUGUACAAUAAUAUCUUUUGGGACACAGACAAUGCCCUUUUGAAUGCACCUGUCUGCAUGAACUUUCCUUGCAGUUUGCAGCUGUUCCAUCCUUCUAUCCCACAAAACAUUGCCUACAGUCCAUACUACUCUCUGAGCCCACCUGUACCUCCCACUGAUCACUCAAACUACACUAUUCUCUUGCCUUCUAUCAUUUCUCCACUUCGCAAAUGUGGCCCUUUUCAGGGACAGCACUUGUUACCCUUCUCCUAUCUGGUCUCCUUUUCAGACCAAUGUCUGAACCAGGUUUUUCCACACACAGCUCCCUCUGCUUGCUUGGGAUGUUAUUGACCCUGAAGUAUAUUCCUUCAAAAUAUUGUAAACUUCUACCAAUGUUCAUGAUGCCACAGCCCAGAAGGUGGUAUUCUUUUUUUUUAUAUCAUUUUGUGUGAAUGAUAACAAGUGUUUUAAAUGUGAUCAGUUGUCAUUGAAACUAAGCAACUCUAAUGCACUCUGGGAAAGAUGAAUGAUGAUUUUUUUAUCCUGUAAUUUUGAAUAUAUAUAUAUAUAGGUACAUUUGUAGUAAUAAUUUGGAAAUGUUAUUUAAACUGAAAGGGAAUGCAUAUGAAGGCUGCACUAUGGCUUGGGUGAUUGGAUAGCGACUUCUCAUCUCAGACCCUCCAAGAAUUAAUGUGGAAUUUAUGGUGAACAAAGUGACAUUGUGUCAGGUUUUUCUCUGAGUAGUUCUGUUCUUCCUUGUCAGUCAUCUUUCCACCAACAUUUCAUACUCACUUAUUACCAACCUUAGAGUGUGUGCAGUAGGCCUGACAAGCCAGCAAAAUAUCACGGUCAGUCAUCAUCUGGGCAUUACUUUUGACGCAUAAUGAUGCUGAAUUUGCAGUAAGUUAAUUUAAUUUUAUGGUAGGUUAUGAAGACUAAUGCAGCAAAAACAGUGGACCCCUCCAGAGAUGUAAGGUAAUUGGGUCCUUUUGUAUAGAAUCACUUUUCUCUCCCUGAAGUAUAAUUUGUCCUUUUUCACUUGAUAAUGCUUCUUACUUCUGGGUUAGCAUAGAAGCUAGUCAGUAUAGUGACUGGCUAUGGGCUGGACAACCAACGAGGUCAGAGUUCAAGUCCUGGUAGGGUCAAGAA